AUGGUAGUAGAAGAUGUGGUAGUGGAGGAAGAGGUUGCUGAUGAUGAUGCUGCUGUGCCAAAAGAGAAUGAGGUUAUGGAGGAGGCAGAGGAGCAGAGAGAAGAAAGAGGAGAAGAGAACAAGGAUGAUGAGGAGCAGACUGAUAAGAAGGUUGAUGAAGUUGCUGAUGAUGGUGUUCAAACAAUUCCUAUUCAAAUCAUUCCACCUACUGAUGAUGAUCAUGCUACUCCUGGAAAACCGUCUAACUCAGUUACUGCUCAAAUGUUCUGGCUAAGAAAAUUGAGUUUGAAAUCUGUUGCUGACGUUAUCCUUGUUGGAAGACGAAUGCGUAGUCUUAUAGAGAUGGAUAAGGGAAGUAAGGGUUGGUGGGAAUUUCCUAGAUGGAGUCAUGUAUAUGAACAAGGAACGGAUGAAUACAUUGAGAAAGCCUUUGCUAUAAGGUCCCAAGGGAACCAGAUUAGUUGCCCAUGUUCUAAUUGCCAUCAUCGAUAUUGGUAUGGUAGACAUGACGUAAGAGAUAAUAUUAUUUGCAAUGGCUUUGUGCCAAGAAACGAUGAAACCUUUCAUCUAGGUGGGAUGAGCCCUGAAAGAGAAGUUGAGGAUCCUCAACACGAUGAACCAUCAAACAUUAAUGAUCGUAUACAAGAGUUGUUGAGUGAUGCUUUGAGAGAAGGGCCAAAUGAAGAGGCGAAGAAGUUUUUUCGCCUAAUAGAGGAAGGCAAACAAGAGUUGUAUCCGGGUUGCAAAAAAAUGUCUAGACUUGCCUUCACAAUUCGCCUCUACAUUUACAAGUGUGACCAUAAGUUGUCCGAUGUUGCAACUGCUGGUUUACUAAAUUUCUUCAAGGAAGUUCUCUCCGAUGAUGCAAUAUUGCCCACAUCUAUGCACGAAGCGAAGAAAGUUUUAAAGUUGUUGGGGUUGGACUACAAAAGGAUAGACGCUUGCCCUAAUGAUUGCAUGUUAUAUUGGGCGGAGCAUGCAAACGCAACCAGUUGUCAUGUCUGUGGAACUUCAAGGUGGAAAUCGAAGGAUAAUGAUGAAGAUGACAAUCCUAAUGAAAAAACUCGUAGAAUUCCAUCUAAAGUUCUAAGGUACUUCCCAAUCAAGAAUAGGUUGCAAAGGUUGUACAUGUGUGCCGAAACAGCAAGUUUUAUGACAUGGCAUAAAAUUGCAGGAGAGAAGGAUGGGCUUUUGCAACAUCCAGCCAAUGGUCAAGCUUGGAUCAACUUUGACAAAAUAUAUGAAAGCUUCUCCAAGGAACCCCGUAAUGUGAGACUUGCAUUAGCCACUGAUGGUUUUAAUCCUUUUAACACAAUGAGCAUUGUGUACAGUACUUGGCCAGUCAUUUUGAUCAAUUACAGCUUGCCUCCAUGGUUGGCAACAAAGUUCGAGUUUUUAAUGCUUUCAUUACUUAUACCUGGACCUUUGUCUCCUGGAAAUGCCAUUGAUGUCUAUUUACAACCACUUAUCAAAGACCUCAUUAAUUUGUGGGAGUUUGGCCUAGAAACAUAUGAUGCUACAACCAAUACAAGGUUUGACAUGCAAGUAGCUUUGGUGGGUACCAUUAGUGAUUUUCCGGGUUAUGCAAUGUGUUCGGGCUGGAGUACGAAAGGAAAAUUUGCUUGCCCUUGUUGUCAUUAUGAGAUAGAUUCUAUGUACUUGAAAUAUAGUCACAAGUAUUGCUAUAUGUGUCAUCGCAAAUGGUUGGAUUCAGACCACCCGUUGCGGUAUAAUAAGAGGUGA